GUCCUUUUCGGGGCAGCUCUUCCCGUCUGCUUGUAUCUAUGCAAGUGUCUUAUUCUUUUGUCCCUUUUCUAAAAAACCUGCUCUUUAAAUAUAACUAAUGGCUCUGCUCUUGGAGAAACUGGCCUGGGAAACUCGCUGCAUGCUGCUGAAAGGGGAGUUCUAGCGAAACUGUAACAGGGUGGUCUCCAAGAAAUAGGGAGGUUCCAGGUUUCCUGCCCCACAAGGGAGGGUGUAACUGAGCAAGGAGAACAAGAAACUGCAGAGGAGACUGAGGAAGGAUGGAGCCAGAAGGAGACCUGGAGGAAGCAUAUGGAGCAGAGAAACAGGAACUGGGAAGUAACAGCCCUCCUCAGAGAAACUGGAAGGGAAUUGCUAUUGCCCUGCUGGUGAUUUUAGUUGUAUGCUCACUCAUCACCAUGUCAGUCAUCCUCUUAACCCCAGAUGAACUUUCAAAUUCAUCAGAAACCAGAUUGUCUUUAGAAGAUCUCUUCAGGAAAGACUUUGUGCUUCAUGACCCAGAAGCUCGAUGGAUCAAUGAUACAGAUGUGGUGUAUAAAAGCGAAAAUGGACAUGUCAUUAAACUGAAUAUAGAAACAAAUGCCACUACAUUAUUAUUGGAAAACACAACUUUUGUAACUUUCAAAGCAUCAAGACAUUCAGUUUCACCAGAUUUAAAAUACGUUCUUCUGGCAUAUGACGUCAAACAGAUUUUUCAUUAUUCAUAUACUGCUUCCUAUGUGAUUUACAACAUACACACUAGGGAAGUUUGGGAGUUAAAUCCUCCAGAAGUAGAGGACUCCAUACUGCAGUAUGCGGCCUGGGGUGUCCAAGGGCAGCAGCUGAUUUACAUUUUUGAAAAUAAUAUCUACUAUCAAUCUGAUAUAAAGAGCAGUUCAUUGCGAUUAACAUCUUCUGGAAAAGAAGGAAUUAUUUUUAAUGGAAUUGCUGACUGGUUAUAUGAAGAGGAACUUCUCCAUUCUCAUAUCGCCCACUGGUGGUCACCAGAUGGAGAAAGACUUGCCUUCCUGAUGAUAAAUGAUUCCUUGGUGCCUAACAUGGUUGUCCCUCGGUUUACUGGAGCAUUGUAUCCCAGGGGAAAGCAGUAUCCAUACCCUAAGGCAGGUCAAGUGAACCCAACAAUCAAAUUAUAUGUUGUAAACCUAUAUGGACCAACUCAUACUUUGGAACUCAUGCCACCAGACAGUUUUAAAUCAAGAGAAUACUAUAUCACUAUGGUUAAAUGGGUAAGCAAUACCAAGACGGUGGUCAGAUGGUUAAACCGACCUCAGAACAUCUCCAUCCUCACGGUCUGUGAGACUACUACUGGUGCUUGCAGUAAAAAAUAUGAGAUGACAUCAGAUACAUGGCUUUCUAAGCAGAAUGAGGAGCCUGUAUUCUCUAGAGAUGGCAGCAAAUUCUUUAUGACCGUUCCUGUUAAGCAAGGAGGGCGUGGAGAAUUUCACCACAUAGCUAUGUUCCUCAUUCAGAGUAAAAGUGAGCAAAUUACCGUGAGGCAUCUGACAUCAGGAAACUGGGAAGUGAUAAAGAUCUUGGCAUUCGAUGAAACUACUCAGAAAAUUUACUUUCUGAGCACUGAGUCUUCUCCCAGAGGGAGGCAACUCUACAGUGCUUCUACUGAAGGAUUAUUGAAUCGUCAAUGCAUUUCAUGUAAUUUUAUGAAAGAACAAUGUACUUAUUUUGGUGCCAGUUUUAGUCCCAUGAAUCAACAUUUCUUACUAUUCUGUAAAGGUCCAGGGGUCCCAGUGGUCAGUCUACAUAGCACAGACAACCCAACAAAAUAUUUUGUAUUGGAAAAUAAUUCUAUGCGGAAGGAAGCUAUCCUCAAGAAGAAGAUAUUAAAGUCAGAAAUUAAAAUGCUUCAUAUUGACGACUAUGAACUUCCUUUACAGUUGUCCUUUCCCAAAGAUUUUACGGACCGAAACCAGUAUGCUCUUCUGUUAAUAAUGGAUGAAGAACCAGGAGGCCAGCUGGUUACAGAUAAGUUCCAUAUUGACUGGGAUUCAGUAUUAGUAGACACGGAUAACGUCAUCAUAGCACGAUUUGAUGGCAGAGGAAGUGGAUUCCAGGGCCUGAAAAUUUUGCAGGAGAUUCAUCGAAGGUUAGGUUCAGUGGAAGUAAAGGACCAAAUAGCAGCUGUGAAAUUUUUACUUAAACAGCCAUACAUUGAUUCCAAAAGACUAAGCAUAUAUGGAAAGGGUUAUGGUGGCUAUGUUGCAUCAAUGAUAUUAAAAUCAGAUGAAAAGUUUUUUAAAUGUGGAACAGUUAUUGCACCCAUUACAGACUUGAAACUAUAUGCCUCAGCUUUCUCUGAAAGAUACCUUGGUAUACCAUCUAAAGAAGAAAGCACAUACCAGGCAUCCAGUGUGCUACAUAAUAUUCAUGGCUUAAAAGAAGAAAAUAUAUUAAUAAUUCAUGGAACUGCCGACACAAAAGUUCAUUUCCAGCAUUCAGCAGAAUUAAUCAAACACCUAAUAAAAGCUGGCGUGAAUUAUACUAUGCAGGUCUACCCAGAUGAAGGUUACAACGUAUCUGAGAAGAGCAAGUACCAUCUCUACAGCACAAUCCUCAGAUUCUUCAGUGAUUGUUUAAAGGAAGACAUACCGGUGUUACCACAGGAACCAGAAGAAGAUGAAUAAUGGACCCUAUUUAUAUAGAACUGAAGGGGAUAUUGAGGCUCAAUGAAACCGAACCAAGAGACUGUAAUAUUGUAGAUGCUCCAGAAUUUCGAGGGCAGCUUAAGGAGAUGACAGUGGAACAGCACACUCAGAGACAAUGAACUAGAAUUUGAAUACAGAAGUCCAAAUCUACUGCGAUGCCUAGGGUGCAAAACCUGUUUCUUUGUGUAAGGAAGGUCAAGGGUUGGUUUCCUGGCAGAAAUUAGUUUUGCAUUAAAGUAGAAGUAGUGCAUGUUUUCUUCUGUUAUCUCCCUAUUUGUUCUGUAACUAGUUGCUUUCAUUUUAAUUUAAAUGGCCACCAUCAUCUUUGCAUAUAAUGCACAACUUAUCAGUACUACAAUCCCUGAUCUUUGAUGGCUGAGCUGCAAUCUAACACUUUACUGUACCUUUACAAUAAGUGCAAUUCCUCAUUGUCUUAUUAUGCUUAAGAAGUAUUCAGUUAAUAAAAACAGAGUAUUUUAUGUAAUUUGUUUAUAAAAAGACAUUAUUAAUGGGUCAUGUAGAAAUAUGGAUUUCAGCACCUUCCAAAGUCCAGCCAGUUAUCAGUAGACACAGUAUCUUUAAAUCAACACACAAGUGUAUGGCUCACAAUAGAUAUACACAAGUGUGCAUAUACAAUCAAUAAAUCUAUCUUACAUGUUACUCAUGCUACAAAAGUUAAAAUUUUAAUGAAUUAGAAGAGAAACUCUUUUGCAGGCUAUAAUGGAUGCUUUGUUUAAUGAGCCAAAUGUGAAGAAACAUUUUUUUUCCAAUUCAAAUUCUAGCUAUUGCUUUCCUACAAUGAUUGGGUUGUGUUUGGUAUUGUUUUUAGUGGUUAAUAGUUUUCUAGUUGCAAUUUAAUUUUUUGAAUAUGAUACCUUGUCACAUGUAAAUUAGAUACUUAAAUAUUAAAUUAUAGUUUCUGAUAAAGAAAUUUUGUUAACAAUGCAA